AUGUCUGAUUCUACUACUCCUUCUACUACUCAACCAUUAGUCACUGAUGAGAACAUCGCUGAUCAUGUCAUCUCCCAAAGGUUAUUACUAUCUUUGGAUGAAGCUGGUGCAAUCAUUGGUCAACAAGGUGCUACCAUCGAAAAAAUCAAAGAAGAUAACAAUGUCACCAUUAAUAUUUCUGACAGCAAGCCAAACUGUUCAGACAGAGUCUUAACCUCCACUGGUAAGAUUCAGGAUGUUGCCAAUUCCAUUGGUGACGUUUGUAGAGUCUUAGCUUCAACUGCUGUUGAAGAUUCUGAGUCCGAGGAAAAAGUCAGUUCUGAAGUCUCCCCAUACUUCUUCCUAAGGUUCAGAUUACCAAAACCAUCUGUUGAAGAAAUGAAAGAAACUCCAGAUAAAUUAAAGGACAUUGUCAACAUUAGAGUCUUAGUUACGAGAUCUCAAUGUUCUGCUAUCAUCGGUAAAAACGGUGACAGAAUUAAAUCUUACAUCAAUGACUUCGGUGUCAAGAUGUUAGCCACUAACAACUUCUUACCAAGAUCUAACGAAAGAUUAUUAGAAAUUCAAGGUUUCCCAGUCGCCAUUACUAAAGUUUUAACUGCUGUCGACACUUUAGUCGCUAAGGAAGUUGUCCCACCAACUAACCCAGCUAGAGAAUAUUACACUCCAUACAACCGUAACUCUAGCCAAGGUGCACAAAGUACAGGUUCUGCUAACAGAACCAGAACUCCAAUUAGAAGAACCGGUGAAGAAUUCAAGAAGUUGGUUAACAUCCCAGAAACUUAUGUUGGUGCUAUUGUCGGUAGAUCCGGUAACAGAAUUGCUAACUUAAGAAGAGCUACAAGAACAUCUAUUGAUAUUGGUAAGAGAAGUGAAGAAGAAGUUGCUAGUGAAACUGAAAGAGUCUUUGAAAUUGUCGGUAGCAGAAUGAUCGAUGUUGAAAGAGCUGAAACCAUGUUAUUAAAGAAUUUGGAAACUGAAGUGAAAAGAAGAGCUGAACAAGUCGAAGACGCUGUCUAA